UUCCGUCGUCAAGCUCGAUCGCCCGCUCGUUAUCAAUGCCCUGAAGUGUUUUUAUAUUGGUAUACCUUGGGCCCUAAAACGUAUCGUCGGUGCGCUGUUGUCUGUGUCGGGUUUAUAUCGAUAACUUUUCCAUUUUUGGAUUCAACCUGUACUCAACGAGUUUCUAAAAUCUCUAAUCAUUUAUGUUGAUACUUCUGCCCUUUUUGUUUUAGAACUCAUAAAUUGUAUACCAUAAUCCCAUUAUUGAUCCAUAUAGGUACCUUUGCUGCUUGAGCGGUGGGCCUCAGUGAACCUAAAUACAAUGAACAUCGGGGAAAAGAUAGCAGAGUUUGCGAAGGGUGGCAGCACUGGUAAAUAUUUGAUCACAUCAGAUAUUCCGGCUAUCUGCAAAUCUGAACCAUGCAUGAUUGGAAUAGAUGAAGCAGGGAGAGGUCCUGUUUUGGGGCCCAUGGUCUAUGGCUGUGCCUACUGUCCCAUCAGCAAGCUGGAAGAUCUGAAAUCGCUGAAGUGUGCAGACUCCAAGACGUUGAGCCUUGACCAGAGGGAGAAACUGCUCACUCUGAUCAAUGAAAAUGCUGAUUUCAUUGGCUGGGAGGUAGAAAUCCUGUCUCCUAGCUUCAUAUCUCAAAAUAUGUUUAGAAGAGCCAAGUACAACCUGAACUGGAUGUCGCACGACGCGGCGAUCGCACUCAUCAGCCGAGCGCGGGAGGCCGGCGUCAAUGUGACCCAGGUGUUUGUCGACACUGUCGGUCCGCCGGAGAAAUACCAGGCCAAGCUGGAGGCUCGUUUUCCGGGUCUGCAGAUAACAGUCAGCAAGAAGGCCGACGCCCUUUUCCCCACCGUCUCGGCGGCCAGUAUUUGCGCCAAGGUGGUGCGCGACCGUGCCCUGGAGACCUGGCGAUGCCCCGAGACGGUGCCGAUGGACGUCACCAAACUGGGCAGCGGCUACCCGGCAGACCCUCAGACGAAGCGUUUCCUGGCGGAGGGCAUGGACCCCGUGUUCGGGUUCCCCAGUCUGGUGCGAUUCAGCUGGUCCACCUGUCAGACGCUGCUCGACAAGUCUGCCGUCGGAGUACAAUGGGAGGAGUCUGAUGAAGAGAUGGACGAGGCGGUGCAAAACACCCCCUCCGUAGCCUCGUUCUUCGGUGGCGGAUCGGCACAGCGGCAUGUGUUCUUCACCGAGUGUCGGCUAAAACCGGCGGCGCCGCUGUAGCGCGUCUACAUGUCGGGACGCGUCCUCCGCUACGGAAGGUCGGUUCGCGGCCGCUCGGGAGCGGUCACAGUGCUCUAGGCUAGUGGGUUAGGAUUCCGCGGUGGUUUGGGGCAGAUUGGAAAGUGGAUGGACGUGAAUGAACUGAGACGUGGACGGACUGACAUGAACAGAGCACUGCGAAACGUUGACAGAGACACAAGUGUGGACAGACUAUGGCGGUGGACAAACUGGAACUGGACAGACUAUGGCAGUGGACAGACUAGAAAUGGACAGACUGGCAGUGGACAGACUGGAAGUGGACAGACUAUGGCAGUGGACACUGGACAGACUGGAAGUAGACAGACCGGAAUUUAGAGGACAGACAAACCACUGUAACAGUGUGAACAUGCCGUGAAAGGGGCAGAAUGAUGAGAGGGCCGAUGAAACUCUUGGGCUUCCCCAGUACAAUGUCAAUGCAGAUAUGUCGUAGGUAUGUGUACUGUCAACUGUGUAGUUUGUGCCAAGGAGCGGGUCACCCUUUUAUCUGCUGUAAUGUACAAAGCUUGCCAGGAUCCCAUCUUCGAGGUAGACUGAGGAAGCAACUUUCUAAGACUCAAACAGUCAUCCCUUACCUAAAAUUCGUGAAUACAUUUUCCUUUUAA